CCUCUACCUUAUCACAAGGGCAGAGGGCCAGUGUGACAGCUUUCUGUAUUCCAAGCUCUUGCCCAGUGUCGAAGAAUCAGAUCACAUGCCGGCUGGAAGGAUGAGUGCAAGGUCCACAGUAUCCAAUUCAUGGAGUUCUUGGAAGUGGAGAACCAGGGUGACUCCUACAGCACGAAAGCCAGCUGUAUCCACACCCAGGACCAGCAAGGGGUGCAUGUCACGUAUGAGGAAGCCCUGAGCGAUCUGAAGGAACUAGAGGCAGUGUUCCUGCUUGUGGCCAGCCAUUACACUGAGAAAGAAAAAUGUCACAAAGUGGGCACCCAGCCAAAGAGUGGUCAGGACUGUGCAUGGGCCCAUGCACGUGUGAACGGGUUUGCUGUGCUAUAUGACAUGUGGACUCUGGAAGCAGCUCGUCUGGAAAACAAAUGCCAGCUUCUUGACAGUUACUUUGAAGCCUACCAGCACACGUUAGACACUGAGGAGAGUUUCGCCUUAGCAAAAGUGAUGAUGGACAUCAUGCACCGGUGCCUGAGGUUUGAUCUCAGCUACACCUAUUUCAUUAAGGCCUACUGGGAGGAAUUCAUCUGCCUGAAGCUUCGCCUGCAGUUAGUGAGAGGCAUCCUCAACCAGCAUAUAGAGCGUCAGCGGGAGUAUGUCCAGAGGCUUUGGCGAGAGGAUCAUCUGGACAAGAGCAAUACCUUUGUUCUUCCCCUUAAUAUAGUUUGCAAACAACUUAUUUCCAUCAACCAUAGCCACCCAGCUUUGAAAAAUGUUUAUCUGCUGGAAUUCCACCCUUCCCUCAGCCUGGCAGUGCUUAUCCCCAGAGCCCUAGAGCAUCUCCUCCAAGAGGUCUACCAUACCUGCAAACCUGCAUCAGCCAGUGGCCUUGCCUCCCUGGAGCGACAUGUCCUGCAGCUGGCCCUGGACCUGUGGCUCACCCCAGCCAAGCCUGAGGCCUGGUACAGUGCACAGCUCCAGAAAGAUCUGUUUUCAGCUAAAGUUACGUGAGAUGCCUUUCUCAUGGGGGAGAUAGGCCUGUUGGCACUCAACUCUGCAGCAGACAAAGGAGAGAAACAAGGCCAAGACUCUCAUGUGCUGCUCUUGGAGAUGUUUUCCAAGCUUCUCAAGCUCUUGACCCUCUGUGACUGGCUAAUAGAAAUGAGCCUGGAGAGUGCACACUUAGCUCGACUGUAUAAAGUAUUGGCAUGGGAGAUGGGUUUUGAAGAGUUCCAUUUGUAUCUGAGGCCUUUUCACUUUGAAUUUGCAUCACACAAGGACAAGGUGGACCAGCCACCUCCUGUCUUUAUAACCUCUCUGCUAGUAGACAGAUAUUCUCCUGCUGCUCUUGUCUUAGCCAUCUUUGAGGUGGAUGAUAACCAAAUUGGCAAAUUUAGUUUUUACACAAAGGAAGCCAUUCUUAAGCUCUUGCUGCAUUCAGGAGUGGAAAAUAUGCAGGUGACUCUUGCAUGCCAAGCUGCUCAGAAAAAUGCUUUGAUGGUGGCUAUCCAGCAGGUGCACUUCUAUCACACCCCUCAAGGGAGCUGUCCUGGUAAUGUCAAGGUCAGCCUGCAUGACACUGAAGCCAGAGGCAUGUCACUACUCCCACCAGCUAAUGUCAGGCUGCCCCUUUCUUCCUUCCUUUUUUCCUUUCUCUCUUUUCCCCCUUCUUUCUCCCCUGUUCCCCACUUUCUCUUUCCUAUCUUUUUAUUUUCCUUACUUUCCUUUUCCCCUCCUUUUCUUCUUUCUGUUUGUGAAUCAAUGUAUGAUCAAAUCCUUACUGGGUCUCUUAAUUUUCAGUGA